GAAUAAAUCUGCUCGUCAGAAGUUUAUAGAUGGAAAAAUUUUAACUCAAUACAUCUUCUCACCUGGUUUCGGAAGUAUGAGAUCUCCAAUGGCUUCGAGCGAGUCGAAAGAGUCUUCCCCGCCCCUCGAUCUGGAGGACCUCUUUACUGCGACUGCUGAGGAGCUGAAGGAGCGAAAAUCUCUUGUGUUGUGGCGUCGACCUGUAACAACCUUAAAAUACGGAUCAUUGGAAGCCGGUCAGUUGCUUCUAUCCUUUGCGAUGAAGCUUCUCAAUAGGUGGCUCUUGGGCAGUCUCCUGUUCUUGACCAUCCUGUAUUUUUUGCCCGGACCACAUGAGAGUCUUGUUAGAUUCUGUGAGAAGAACAUGGCGUUUUCCAUCUACUGGCUGGGCCUCGGAGUACUCUCAUCCGUCGGCUUCGGCACCGGACUGCACACAUUCCUGCUCUAUCUGGGACCCCACAUAGCAUCCGUAACCCUGGCCGCAUACGAGUGCCAGACUUUGGACUUUCCGACGCCACCUUACCCGGAUAAAAAGAUCUGUCCGCCAGUGCCUUAUACUCAUACGCUGCCAAAUGUUUGGAGCAUACUAAGCAAGGUCCGGCCCGAGGCAUUUCUAUGGGGCUUGGGAACGGCCCUGGGCGAGUUGCCGCCGUACUUUAUGGCCCGGAGUGCUCGACUAUCUGGGCAGGAGUUGGAAGAUGAAGAAGAGGUAGAAGUGAGCGGAAGCAAAAAUUUCCUGGAUGGCGCUAAAGUGUUUAUGGAGCGAGUUGUGCGACGCAUCGGCUUCAUGGGGAUUCUACUGUGUGCCAGUGUUCCGAAUCCCCUUUUCGACCUGGCCGGUAUCACCUGCGGUCAUUUUCUGGUGCCAUUCUGGAAGUUUUUCGGGGCCACCAUUAUUGGCAAGGCCCUCGUGAAGGCCACAUUCCAGCAACUGUUUGUUAUUGUGGCUUUCAGCGAGGAUCUGGUCAACAAGCUGGUGACAGGCCUGGGAGGGCUGCCGUGGAUAGGUCCACCGAUUCAGGGGAUUAUCAAGGAUGUCCUCAAGAGCACUAAACAGCAAAUGCACAGCCCCAACAAAUCCGAUGUCGUAUUAAGCUUCAGCCUCGUGGUUCGAGCCUUUGAGCUGUGUGCCUUCCUCAUGGUGGCCGCUUUCGUAGUAUCCUUGAUAAACUCCCUCGCCCAAAUCAACUUCAAGCGUCGUCAGGAUAAGGAGCGAAGUAUGCGGAACUUGGAGCUGCUGCUGUAUGCCGACAACUUGGCCACGGAGGCGAUGACCGUUUAGAAGUCGGCCUACCGUUACGGAAUCAAUAUAUUUUGUAGUUCCGCAAUGGAAUUUAAAUUUCUUACUUAACUUUUAUGAGAAGCUUUCGAUGUUGAAGUGUUCUUUAGAUUUCUUAUGGAUCUUUUUUUAUGUUUCUAAUAAGUUUCCAUUAACGAAAUCGGUGUUAAAAAUUGUUCAAAAAUUAAAAGAUUACCACCAUCUUGCCUUCCCAUUACCUCAAUUAAAAGUGAAUUUAACGUUUUA